AUGGCCCUGUUGCGAUCUCAGAACAACGCAAAUGCUGAAUUGCCCGCGGGAACUAUGAGUCUGAGUAACCAACCACCGACAAUCUCAGAAUUGAACAAAAAGACCACCAAAAAUGAAUCUGACAAUUUACAACAAAAUAACAACGGUACGCGGGGAAACCAGAACGGUAAAAGGCGAAGAAAAUGGAACAAAAAGAAGAACAAAAUUUCAAAACAGAACACAGAGAACUUGGACGGGACAAAUGGUGAAGAUGCUGGACACAACUCACAAAAAACGGAACCACAAUCUCAACUCAAUGAAGAUUCCAGUCGAAUUUCAAGUCGACUGAACGAACCAACUUUCACAAAAGACACGAAAGAAGACAAAACAAAAGACACGAAAGAAGAAAUAGAUGCACUGGCUCUUGUCGAAACUUUGAAUCCUCCAACUCUAACUUCAAAUGUUCCUAUGAGUCCUCGAAAACGGACCCUCAUGAGACAUAAGAAAAGUGACAACGACAUGAAACGAGAAAGCUUUAUACUAGAUGCUAAGGGUAACUUGCGUAACCGGAACUCGUUCAUUGAGGGUGCGGAUACUUAUUUGCAACUGCCCAAGGAGCCCUUGGGUCCUUUGAACAUAAAUGAAAAAGUGACUCUCUUCCAGUUCAAUUCGGCGAAAGUGGUACUAUAUCACGAAAUGGUCGAUAGUAACCAAAGUAUCCCGAAGGAAAGCGGAACUUUGUUGGGUCAUGGAUCCUUCGAAGUGUUCCAGUUGCACAAAGGCGAUGUGACCUACUUAAGUUGUGGCUCGUCGUUUGUUUAUCCAUUGUUACCGAAGCUCAAGAUACUAAGAACUAACUUCAACCAGUUUAUACUUCCCUUGGCAAACCCUGAGAGAUACUGGCGCAUCUCUUUGAAUACGGAAGACGUAAAAAUUAUCAGAAGAUUAGAAAGAACCUUGGAAGAAAAGAUUCAGUAUCGCAACUUUUAUUUGGAAGACUCCUUUAAAGAUGAAGAUUACACUCAGACAAUUGCCAAUGGAAGCACUCACACACCAUUACCAUAUCCUACAUCCGCCACUCCCCCAUUCUCUGUCCACCAUUACCUACCCAUUGCACACGAACUCCCAGAAUCUCCUCCCUCGGCUCCAAUAUCGCCCCAACAAGUUGAUUCCUACAAAGACACGAUUAACAAAGAUCCAAUUCCGCUAGGGCAGGCUAGUUCAGACUGGCCGCUACGGAGAAAAACAUCGGCACAAUCGAUGACAAGUGCUAUUGCCAGCUUUAAUCUUAAGGACGAUGCUAAUGAGCACCCAUUCAAAAACCCUUACCAAUUAGCUCAACCCAAGCCAAGGCGACAAAUGGACCCUGGUAAGUUAUCAGCACAACCAAAAAUGGACCACCGUUUGCAGUAUCCGUCGGAAAACGGUUUCCACGACCGCAAAUCAGAGUCUUCAAUGGACUCCUUGUUAGACGAAUUUGAAGAAAACAUCUCCAUAACCAGGUCCAUAUCGUUUUCUGCCGCUAGGCCCGAAUCUCACCUACCUUCAAGAGCGCCAUCAAGACAGUCGUUCACAUCGGCGGUGUCGAAGCCCAGACUAAAUGUCCCCAAAUAUGACGAGCUGGAAUUUCCCUCAACUUCUCUUUCCGAAUACAACAAAAUGCCGUCCAGGCGUUCAUCACGAAGCGAGCUUUAUACGUCUGAAACAAACUGGAUGGAGCCCAAUGCUCCCAUGGACACUAGUAGACUUCCCAGAUCCAGAUCUUCCUAUAGUGUGGCUAGUAGCCAUUAUAAUCGGAAUGUCAAAGGUGCCGACUUGAACAGCACCUAUCAUAAUAUUUAUCGAUCCAUCACACAGCGAAACCUCUCGCAAUACGGUGGAUCCAAUGGUCGAAGUGCAGCUGAGCGCCAUACAAAUCAAGAGUUCAAAACCCCGUCGCUUCGAAACUACGACAUGCGAGCCGGCUCAGAGCGUAGUUUUACCGAAAGUAUCAAACUGACCCAAUCAAGGCGUUCUGCUUUAGGACCGGGAUUGAAAACCAAUGACAAUUCUCGUGACGAAAAAUUGUCGUCCAAGCUCAACUCCACCGAGCUCUAUAAUAUGAUUCGAGCUAAGCGAGAAUCAAACAAGGCUGGAGCCCCAAGACGAUUUUUUGGAUGGGGCUAA